AAUAAAAAAACAUUUCCCAACAUGCAUUGUCUUCACUUUCUGUCGUCUGCAACAUAAACGACGUCAACAUGUAUGGAAGUUUUGACUUGCAAAAUGACAUGUUUAAAACUUCACCUGAAGGAAUGAACAGCUCUGAUGAUGAAGAUUUGGGAAGUAUUGAUUUAGAAAUACACGCAAUGGUUGAAAUUGUAGCUUCAGACGAGGCAGAGGGCAUUAGAAAAAUGAUUGGUGAAUUAGCAAGGGCCGAAGACGAUGUUACGAUUCCAGCUGUUAUGACGUCAGCUAGUCUCUCGACUGAUGUUAAACCUACGCCUAUUGAGAACCCUAAUAUUUCAUCUGCAAUAGAAAACCAAGAAGCCAACAAGAAACGUUUUAAAACAACAACAGAAAUAGAAAGGAAGGAAAUAGCUGAAAAUUCCCAGUCACACAGAACAAAGCAAAAUACAACUUGGGGAAUGAAAAUAUUUCAAGCAUGGAGCAUGGAAGUCAGUGGCAAAGAAGUAGACAUGUCAACAAUUACAGCAGCAGAACUGGAUGAAAUAUUGUCAAGAUUUUACUGCGAGGCAACACCAAAAAAUGUAGAAAAACGCACAGAAAAUCUUCCUUCUCAGCAAGCACAAGUUUAUCAUAAAAAUUCUUUAAUAAAUAUCAGGGGAGCAAUAAACCGUAAACUGACAGACUUAGGGAGAGACAUAGAUUUGGUAAGAGACAAGGAAUUUAAAUCCUCCAACCGUAACAUGACAGGGCUGCUAAAACAAAGAAUGCGUGACGGCUCUUCACGCGCAACACAGCAUAAAGCUAUAAUCAAUGAAAAUGAUCUCAAAGAAAUGUCAACUUACCUUUCAUCUGCUCCUAGUUCACCUGUUGUACUACGCCAGUGUAAGUGGUACAACAUCGCCAUCCAUUUCGUGACAAGAGGUCUCGAGUUCCACAAGCAACUGAGGUUAAAUUCCUUUGAUUUCUGUUCUGAUGAACAUGGGGAAUUCGCGCUGCUUAACCAUGAAACACAGCAAAAGAAUUAUCAAGGUGGUAUAUCCCAUUCCGAUGCUCCGGAGAAGAGAAUGUAUGUAACCGGUGCACCGAAUUGUCCAGUUGCGAUGUUGAAACUUUUCAUUAAAAAAACUGACCCAAGUGCUAAAAUGUUGUUCAAUCAAUACGUGAAAGGUGCAAAUCUCAAUGAUGAAAUAUGGUACACUGACUAACAAUUUCAUGUCUGACAUAUGUGUUGCCGCACAACUGUCAACAAAAUACACGGCCCACAGUUUGAGAGCUACAGCUAUUGAAGCGCUCAACAAUCACGGUUUCGAAGCUCGACACAUUAUGUAUAUGAGUGGACACAAAACAGAGUCUGCCAUCCGAUCUUACAAUAGGUCAUGCACUCCUCAGCAAAGACAAGCAUUAUCCAAAACACUAUCCUCUCUUGCUUGUGCUCCACGUGUUGACAGUUCCGCGCCUACACAUAUGCCUCAACUUGCUCAAGCCCGGCCGACAAAUUCAAAUCAAGUCGUUCCCUUUGGCAUUGACACAAUUUCUGCUGAACACACGGUUUCCACGGACGUAUUGUCACAAAAUCAAACAGCGAUAUCCAACACGGCUAGCUACUUAAACUCGGGACUGAUGACAAACAAUGCAUUCCACGGUUGUACUUUCAACUUCGGAAAACUUCAAUAACAUCAUGUCGUGCGUGGCCUACAUGUGUCAGCCUAAACGUUAACAUUGCGCAACGAUAGCGUGGAUGAAUUUCGGUUUGUUUAAAUAUGGGGGUUUGUUGAUUACAUUGCAUUUAUCUAAUAAGAUACAAAAUGUUUCACCAGAUUAAACAUUAUAUUCUAUGAAAA